AUGGAUUUAGAUGAACUGUCAUUAUCACCGUUGGAAAGGUCCGAGAAGCAAGUCAUCCCGUCGCUUUUUCUACAACUCCCCUCAGAAGGAGCUCUCAAAUCUGUGCCCACUGCUCACCGUACUUUCUUCUGGGAGAUACGGCGAUCGAACGAUUGCGGUGACUGGAUCCGUUGCUGUUUCAAAGAUGCCAUCCACCCACCGGAAAUUGCUUUUGGGACUCGAUGCUGGGGACGCGUCGCAUUUAUGAUACAGCAUACACCAAUUUUGAAUGAUAUCGAGCAAAAUUUCGCCUGUUUUGGCCAGAGAAAUGGGCUAAAUAUAAGCCUACGACUACCUAUGGUGGUCUCCUGGCCAAUGUGA